AGCAACUCGGACCCAACCCCGUUCAUUAAGGGAGGGCCCCUCCUUGGAUCCCGUUCCGUUACGUUCUCUCUUUCUCUCUCUCACAUACACACUCUCUCUCUCUAGAAGCUCCAUUUUUCUACUGUUUUCUCAUCGAUCUUCGUCCUCCUCCUUCGGAGCCCUAACCCUAGAGGUAUACGUCCGCUCCCGCCGCCGCCAUUAUCGAUGCCCGAGAUGGCCUCGCUCUACGGCGAGAAGCACACCGGUGUGAGGUACUCCUCCCGAGAGUCGGUGGUUCAGUAAUCCAGAGAGUGAGAGUGUUAGGGUUAGGGUUAGGGUUAGGAUUAGGGUUAGGGUUUCGUUGUCUUUUUUGUAAAGAUGAAGGAUCGGCCGUAGAGAUAGGUACUAGGCGAGAGGUCGAGGAACCGGAGGGCAUGGCGGCGGCGGAGAGGGAGGCGGCGGCGCUAGGUCUCACGGCGUCGGAGGCGGAGGAGGAGGAGGGGGCGGCGGCGCGGCUCCAGCUCCCCGCGGACAUCGACUGGGAGAUGCUCGACAAGUCGCGGUUCUUCGUGCUCGGCGCCGCGCUCUUCUCCGCCGUCUCCGCCGCGCUCUACCCCGCCGUGGUCCUCAAGACGCGGCUCCAGGUGGCGCAUCCGCCGCUCCCCUCCGCCACCGCCGCCGCCGCCGCCAUCCUCCGCCGCGAGGGCCCCCUCGCCUUCUACCGCGGCUUCGCCACCUCCCUCGCCGGCACCAUCCCCGCCCGCGCCCUCUACAUGGCCGCCCUCGAGGUCACCAAGAGCGCCGUCGGCACCGCCUUCCUCCGCUUCGGCCUCCCCGAGCCCGCCGCAUCCACCGCCGCGGGCGCCGCCGCCGGUCUCAGCGCCGCCGUCGCCGCGCAGGUCGUCUGGACCCCAGUUGACGUCAUUAGCCAGCGCCUCAUGGUCCAGGGCAACCUUCGCGGCCACCGCGAAUCCCCGCAAUCCAAUUACCUCGGCGGCUUCGAUGCGUUCAAGAAGAUUGUAUCUUGCGACGGAAUCAGAGGGCUUUACCGAGGCUUCGGCAUGUCCAUCUUAACCUAUGCCCCCUCCAAUGCGGUUUGGUGGGCCUCUUACUCCCUUUCGCAGAAGAUAAUUUGGGGCGGUGUCGGUUACUACCUCUGCCGUUACCGGUGUGGCGUUGAAGAGGUAGUAGAUGAAGAAAAGGGCAGCAGCAGUGUGGAAUUGAAGCCGGAGUAUAAGACCGUCGUGAUCGUGCAGGGGGUGAGUGCCGCCAUGGCUGGGGGAGCUGCGGCUUUAGUGACCAUGCCGCUGGAUACCAUCAAGACGAGGAUGCAGGUGAUGGACGCGGGGGAUGAGGGGCCGAUGACGAUCGGACGGACUGUGAGGAGCCUGAUACGGGAAGAGGGGUGGAGAGCAUGCUAUCGAGGGCUCGGGCCGCGGUGGGCGUCCAUGUCAAUGUCGGCCACUACGAUGAUCACAACCUACGAAUUCGUGAAGCGGCUCUCGGCGAAGAGGCAAGAGAGCCACUCCGCAUGAAACAUGAAAAAGGUAUAGAAAUGGAAAUCAGGUAGUUCUUUAUUUUCUUUUCUUCUUUUUUAUAAAUAUGUAAUGUUUUCUUUUCGUGUGAUCAAUUCCAUAAGAAGAGAAAUGAGAUCGUUGUAGAGAGCUCGCAUUGGGUUUUCCCCUUGAAGCAUGAUUUUACCUCCUAUGUAAUCCAGUUCGUGGUUUUCCUUUUCUUCGCACAAAGCCUUCUUUUCGAUGAUUCUAUGUGCUUUUGACAAUAAAUGCGAAAACUUAGUAAUUAAUCUAAGUCUAAUCAUACACUGGAGACGACUAGAGCUGUUAAUCAAAAUUUUCAGAAGAGGUCUGAAGUUUCGUCA